GAUUCCGCAGGCCCCGCCGCCAUCUUUGUUAGGGGCAGCCGGGGCCUGGGGUCUGGAGAUGCCGAAGUCGUGCGCGGCGCGGCAAUGCUGCAACCGCUACAGCAACCGCAGGAAGCAGCUCACAUUCCACCGGUUCCCAUUCAGCCGGCCCGAGCUGCUGAAGGCGUGGGUGCUGAAUAUCGGCCGGGGCAACUUCGAGCCCAAGCAGCACACGGUCAUCUGCUCGGAGCACUUCCGCCCUGAGUGCUUCAGCGCCUUUGGGAACCGCAAGAACCUCAAGCACAAUGCUGUGCCCACUGUGUUCGCCUUUCAGGACACUGCGCAGCUGGUGAAGGACACAGACCCGGCUGGCGAGGGUGGAAACGCCGACUCUGAGGAGAAGGUCGCCCUGGAGGCGGGGGCACAGGAGCACGGCCCAUGGAGGCAGGCAGACUCUGCACUCCCAGCACUGCAGCUGCCCGCCAGCGCCGGAGGUCCGGGAGGACAGGUCCUGCCACAGAGACGGGAAGCAGCUGAGGCCCCUGGUCAGCCUGCCAGCCCCCCGCAACCAUCCGAUCACAGCUAUGCUCUUUUGGACUUAAAUGCCCUAAAAAAAAAACUCUUCCUGACCCUGAAGGAAAAUGAAAAGCUUCGGAAGCGCUUGAAGGCCCAGAGGCUGGUGAUGCAGAGGAUGUGUGGCCGCCUACGAGCCCAGAGAGCGGGGCCACCGGGCAUCCGGGCCAGGCUGCAGCCUGAGAAGCAGAGCUGAGCCAGGCGGCUGGGCUCAGCGGAGCCCUUGGGACGAGGACCUUUCAGUCCUGCCGCUGACACUGAGUGGCAGUGAGGCAUGCCAGGCCAGGGCGCCUGGUGAGGAGCCCAAGGUCGCAUCAGGCUGGGAGGGGGUAGGGCUGUAAGCAUGACAAACUUGGUUCUCCAGGAGGUGACAGCCCCAGCUGUCCUUUCAGCACAAGCUAGGCGAGUGUCCUUGGAAGCACAGCAUGAGGAGCUGUCCCGAGUCAGAGUGGCAGACACUGCUGCCGUGGGGCGGCAGCCUGUUUCCUUAUGGGGCAGCUGGGUCUAGGGAAGCACCUAGUGCGUGGGUCACUCCCACCCCCGCAUGAGAGGGCAUGAGGACUGACUGUAAUGCGCCUGGACAGCCGGCUCUCCCCGUGGCCGAGACAGGCCUCCUUUGAGCGAGCAAAGUAAUAAAAGUGUCUUCCUGCA